AUGUCAAAGCCAUACAUCCAAUCGCUGUCACUUGCCGAUGCGCAUAAGGCGGACAUUUUCAGCGUCGCCACGACCGACAAAUACACCAUCUCCGCCUCGGCUGACGGCACCGUCAAGCUGUGGGAGAACAACGAUAGCAACCCUGCCGGCUCGGUGCUGGCUACAAACGCCGUAGGCUUCCACCACGUGGCCACUGACACCAACGGCGACAUUCUGGCGGCUGUGGCGUUCGAUGGAGCGCUCAGCCUCUUCGAUCUGCGGUCUCUGGAGCCCAUUGCAACCAAGAUCAACAACGAGGUCUCUGGUAUCUGGGCCGUGGCCAUCUCUGGAAACGGUCACAUGAUGGCGGUCACAAACACAUCGGGACACGUGUUCCAAUGGAACCUCGAGACCGACGAGCUGGUGCACAAAUUCCCCGUCACCCGACCCUCCCACGGUAUCUGUGUUGACUUCUCCCAGUGUGGCGAAUACAUUUCCAGUGGUCACGAGAAUGGUGGACUGUAUCUGUUCUCCACCCAGACCGGCAGACUCAUGUACUCGCUUCUGGGCCACUCCACUCCCAUUCGAUCUGUCAAAAUCUCACCCAAUUCGUCCCUGCUGGCCGUUGGAGAUGAUUCAGGCAUCGUCUACCUCUACCACAUUUCGUCCGGCGAGUACUACACCAACCUGACGGGACACGAUACGUGGGUAAUGGCAGUGGCGUGGAACGAGUCUGGCGAGUACGUGCUGAGUGGAAGCUACGACGGAAAGAUGAAGGUGUGGUCGACCGAAAACAAGACGUGCGUUUGCACCCAAACUGCGCUCACCACUCCCGUCUUCACCGUUGCCUGGCUCAAGAAGGGAUGGGGUCUCGGUGUCAUUGGAGGAAAGAAUCAGGGUUUUGUUGCAGGCGGUGUCGGAAAGAACCUGGUCUGGUGCCGAGAGGCUGCCGGCGAGUAA